GUAGCAUUGAUAAGGGCUCAAGGUCAAAAGUCUCUGAAGAAGAAGAACUUGCUUAUCCCCUCAGAUCUUCUAAUUUGUGGAUUGAAAUCUGAGGGAAGGGAAAGGAAAGAGAGGGCGACGGAGAGAGUUCAUGUGGGGAGGGCUGCGUUCUUCUUCAGGAAAAGGUGGUAGAUAUGCAGAGCCCAGACGAGGUGGUGGGAAUUCACUUCAGGAAGCAGCUUGCUGCUUGUGUAAGGAGCAUACAGUGGAGCUAUGCCAUCUUCUGGUCUCUGUCGGCCAGUCAGGAAGGGUUGUUAGUGUGGAAUGAUGGAUUCUACAAUGGUGACAUAAAAACUCGGAAGACCACACAAGCAACUGAAUGCAAAGCUGAUCAAAUGGGUUUACAGAGGAGUGAACAACUGAGAGAGCUGUAUGAGUCUCUUUCUACAGUUGAGUGUAACGAGCAGAGUACAAGGCCUUCUGCCUCAUUAUCUCCUGAAGAUUUGACUGAGGCGGAGUGGUAUUAUUUGAUCUGCAUGUCGUUCACCUUUAAUUUGGGACAAGAUUUGCCAGGAAAAGUGUAUGAACAUAAUGAGCCUGUCUGGUUGAGCAAUGUGCAAGUUGCUGAGAACCGAUGUUUCUCCCGUUGUCUUCUUGCAAAGAGUGCUUCUAUUCAGACAGUUGUGGGUCUUCCCUUCAUGGAUGGAGUACUAGAGCUCGGAACAUCUGAGCUGGUUUUAGAAGAUCCUGGUUUUGUGCAACGCAUAGUGAAUUCAUUCUGGGAAUUUCAAGACCCAGUUUCCUCUGAGCAAUCCACAUCAAGUCCUCCAUUUGUUAGAAAGGAGGACACUGUGUGCACAAAUCUGGAUCAUGGAGUAGAUAACUCCAUGCUGUUGGAGAAUCAUCCUUUAAUCACAGAGAAUGAUUCCCAUGUUUUUCCGGUUGAUGUUGACUCCUUUGCUCCCAACAAGCAGUCCAGGUUAAUGCACAACAUAGUUUAUGAGCUUCAUUCAAGUAUCUGUGAGAAAAUCGCCUGCAGUUCUGAAGGUAGAUCCAAUACUUGUGCUGACCAUUCAAGUAUUAAGAGACAAAAUGAGCCAUGGAAUGUUCAUAUAAGGAACUUGAUGGAUGAUGAGGUUAAGAAUGACCCUCAUUGUUCUUUAAACUCCGGUGAAUGUUUAUCAUGGUCUUUUGCUCAAAAUAUUCUUUCUUCUCCUAGAGGUGAAAGAAUUAAAGGCAACAUUUUUGACAAUCUUCAAGAGGAUAAUCAUGCCAAAGUUGGUUCCUUUAGUGCUGAAGGUGAUGGCUUUCAUUAUGCUCGUACUCUUUCUACUAUUCUUGGGAACUUGAAACAGCAAGUAUCAUUGCCAGGCAUUCCUUAUGAAAAUCGUUUCAAUAAGUCUAGCUUUAAGAUUUGGAAGAGAGGUUCAAGGGUUUCAAAAAUUUUUGCCGAUAUACCGCAGAGAAUGUUGAAGAGUAUUUUAAUUGACAGCAAACGGAUGAAUGGAGAUCAUCUGGUGAAACUCCAAGAUGAGAAUGUGGCGAAGAAUAAAACUUGGAAAGCAGAGGCAGAUGAUGCUAAUUCAAACCAUGUUUUAUCAGAGAGGAGAAGGAGAGAAAAGCUGAAUGAGAAGUUCCUUGUUCUGAGAUCAUUAGUUCCUUCAAUAAGCAAGGUCGACAAAACAUCCAUUCUUGCUGACACAAUAGAGUAUCUUAAAGAGCUUGAGAGAAGAGUUGAAGAGCUGGAAUCCUGCAGAGAAGAAGCAGAUCCUGACAUGAAAGCAAGAAGGAAGUAUCCAGAUAUUGCGGAAAGAACGUCAGAUAAUUAUGGCAACAACGACCUUGUCAAUCCCAAGAAACCUUCAUCAAAUAAGAGAAAAGCCAGCGAACUCGAUGAGGCAAAAGAUGAAAAUCUUGGUCUCUUACCAAAGAAUGGUUUGGUUGAUAUCAAUAUCACCAUGGUUGAGAAAGUAGUGCUCAUAGAGAUGCAGUGCCCGUGGAGAGAUUUAUUGCUCCUUGAUAUAAUUGAAGCCAUGAACAACCUUCAUUUAGAUGCUCAGUCUGUGCAGUCAUCCAUUGAUGAUGGUAAUCUUUCUAUUACAUUGCGAUCGAAGUUUAUGAGCGGAGCUAUACCAUCCCCAGGAACUAUCAAGAGAGCACUUCAGAGAGUUGUCAGCAAAAUCUAAGGACAGCUUUAUCAGUAUAUUAGAAAGCUUUAUUCUCAGCACGUGAGUCAUCUCCCAUCUUCUUUGUGAGACAUUUACCCACUUUAGUCUGCUAAUGAUGAUUUUCUUCUGAGCGGCUGAUAGAUGGUAAACACAUUUUAGAUUUCAUGAGUUGAUUUCAUGUAAUUAAAAGUUGUUAUGUAUUUGGAAAUCUGUAAAUUAAACUGAUCAUAUAAUGUUGACAUUAUUUUCUCGGUGU